CGCAGGGCUCGCACUCCCCAUCCUCUCUCAGCCCAAUACCUGGUAUGUCUGCCUUGGUGCGAGCAAGCGCAAUACGCUUUGUCACAGUCUGCUGAUGCGCCCUAUCGUACCGUGUAGCCACGCCCCAAUAUCGAAUGUCCCUAAGUCGAAGUCCCUCCCCCGGCCCGGGAGGCGGUUGGUCCUCUCCAGGUCUGAAUACCAACACAAGCGGUCGGUCGAGCCCAGCGCCCAAGACCACCUUUACUGGUCCCAAUGGUGGAAAUGUGACGUGGGAGUCUGCGCGACUCAAGAGUCGGGGAGUCGGCGGCUACCCUUCCUUCUCAACACAGAAUCAGGGCUUCUUCACCCGCCACAUGCGGCGCAUAUCCAGCAGCUUGCCCACGUUCCAGGACACGCCCGAACCAGGCGCUGAAAAAGAGAAAGUUGGACGAGGCCGGUGGAACAUGCCGUUGGUGGGGCGCAUACGCAGAAUCAUGGCGCGCGUGAGCAGGAAGGCCAAGGUUCGGUCGUUGAUUGUUAGCAUGCUCCUGUUGUGCUAUGUGCUGUUCUGUGUAACUCCUCUCCGCUACCACUGGAGGCGAACCUCCUGGCUGGGUGGCGGCCAGAAGUAUGUCAUAUUACUCGCGGCGAAUGUCGGUGGUGGUGUGAUGGAGUGGAAGGGUGCACGAGAGUGGGCCAUAGAGAGAGACAGUGUCCGAAACAAACGAAAGUACGUGGCUCGGUGGGGAUACGAGCUCGAAAUUGUCGACAUGAGCACCAAGAAGCGGUAUGCCCACGAAUGGCGAGAAAGCUGGGAGAAGGUGGACAGCAUACGGAGCAGCUUCAGGAAAUAUCCCAAGGCUGAAUGGAUAUGGUGGCUGGACCUCAAUACCUUCAUCAUGGAGCCCUCAUACUCCCUGCAGAGUCAUAUCUUUAACAACUUGGGCAACAAUAUCUACCGUGACAUCAAUGAGUUCAACCCCCUCAAUAUUUCACACCCGAUCAAGGCGAACUAUCUCGACCCUGAUUCACAGAACCCAGAGGGCGACGGUGAUAUUAAUUCGGUCAACUUGGUCUUGCCGCAGGAUUGCUCAGGCUUUAAUCUGGGCUCCUUCUUGAUUAAGCGCAGUGAUUGGACUGAUCGGCUGCUUGACAUCUGGUGGGAUCCCGUGGCUUAUGAGCAGAAGCACAUGGACUGGGCACACAAAGAGCAGGAUGCCCUGGAGCAGUUAUACAGGUCGCAGCCGUGGAUCCGCAGCCACACAGCUUUCAUUCCCCAGAGAAAGAUCAACAGCUUCCCCACGGGCGCCUGCAGUGACAACGGAAACGACACCCGCAUUCACUACAAUGAGCACGACCGGGAUUUUGUCGUCAAUAUGGCAGGGUGCGAAUGGGGCCGUGAUUGCUGGGGGGAGAUGUACAACUUCCGAGAGCUGAGCUACUACCUGAACCGAAACCCCUGGGAGCGUUUCAAGGAGGAUCUGAUUGCGGUGAUAUGGUUUAAGAUGACGGGUCAAAAGGUGAAGCUAUAAUGCUUCAUUGGGCGGAGAACUUCUUGAAAUAGACAGCACCUACGGCUGCUGACCUGGAAGCAACAAUAAUAAUGACAACCGAAAGAGUGCAGGUUGCGUUGGUGUCCACGGUGACACUGAUCGGUCAUCGCUCUUUUCACAACCUUACAUAGACACACUUUAUAUAUGCCCUUGUGGAUAACGGCCUCUUAACCAUAUUUUGCCGUUCUGUUUUCUACCACAGGAUCCUGCAAUUUCUUGCAACUGGGGUGUUUGAAAGGAUUAGGAUUGAAUAAGGCAGGGAUAUGUGGUGUAAGGGGUUCGAUACAUUCUCGGAGCAUGGCUAGAGACUAUUGUACUGUGAUAUACUCUCCCAAAAUAGCUGCAGUAGUUGUUUGCUGGGAUCCAUCCCUCGUGUUGUCGGUAACUGAUCGCCUAUGUAAGUACAUUGAAAUUUUUGCC